UUCUAUUAAUGGGCCAGGUUAGAUCUCGGUGGUCCAGAGUCUAUCCACAGAGAGCACUAGGCCUGAAUCGGAAGCAGACGACCAAUCGAAGGCGAUCGGGGGAACAAUUAUGAUCGGAGGCAGGAGGCUCGUUGUCUGAUUGUGGGAGCAGCGCUCGCGGUGAGAGUGAUGCAAUUCUGACCCCGGGCCUAGACCAGCAGACCUAAUGUUUUUGCGGGCAAAUCGCUCCGCUGGUGGUGACGACGCUAGUGCGAAGUUGAUAUCAGAGCUGCGCCUGCUGCCCUUCUUGAGGAGUGCAAGCGGAAACCUCGAAACGCGCAACCGAUCCCUGGUCAGCAGUCGGUCGUUCGUAGAUCUACGACGCGGCUGCGGUUGGGGCAAAGUGUGGAAUCUCUGGACCUCGAUGGGGCAGACCUUGGGAUCCAUGCUGCAAAACCUAUUCACCAUUCAGUCCGCGAGAAACUUACGUCUACUCAUGUUGGGCCUAGACGCUGCAGGUAAAACGACCAUUCUGUACAAAUUAAAGAUGGGGGAGAGAGUAGCCACGAUCCCCACGAUCGGCUUCAAUGUAGAGCAUCUGCAACAUGAGAACAAUGUCAGCUUCACUGUCUGGGACGUUGGCGGUCAGUCCAAGAUUCGUCAAUUAUGGUGUCACUACUUCCAUGAUGCCCAGGGGUUGAUUUUUGUGGUCGACAGCACGGAUCAUGACAGAAUGCGAGAAGCGUAUGAGGAGCUUCAGAGAUUGAUGGAGGAUCCCAUUCUAUCGGGUGUUAAGGUUCUCGUUCUAGCAAACAAAUGCGAUCUUCCCAAAGCCAUGUCCGUUAAGGAGAUCUCGGAAAAACUCGGUCUACAUCAUAUUCGACAGGAAUAUAAUAUCCAGGGCUGUUGUGCAAUCAGCGGAGAGGGACUGUUCGAAGGACUAGAUUGGUUAGCCACAGCACUCAAAGAGGUUCCCAGCUCAUCGCCCUGGGUUCAAUGAGAUCCAUGUCACUGACUUCUCAAGUUCUCAGGCCCAGCCGUAAGACUAGAUUGAAUUUUACUGCAGGCCAAGGUUCAGAACGAGUGUAGAAUUCCCAACACUGACAACGCCCAUGUUACACAGCGGAGACUUGCACUGCUCUGAACUCCUCGAGCUUCCGCACGGGAGACUGGCCGAGCAUCUGGCAUCUGCCCUCACUCUCCUCACAAACACCUUGCAGAUCACGCAAUCCGGAGCAGGGAUGAAGACCGCGUGAGCCGCAGGCAAUUGGCUGGAGAAGAAUGCUCCGGGUCUACUUUCCGAGGGAAAGAUUGAAACGAGCAGGUUUCAGAAAAUUGUGCACAGAGCUUCACCAUCGCACACCAUUACAAAUACAGAGCCUGUCGUAGUAUGCCGGCUUCCCCAUACAUAGCCCAUUGUAUUAUAAUCGACGCUCUGGGAUACAUUGUCCCCUUACAUAAAUGUAAAAUACGUCUUGUUUGCCAAAUGAAAUUCAACCCGAGACCUGUCUGUCGUUACUGACCAGACAAAUUUCA